CUGCAGGCUUGAAUUUGCUGUGGGAGCACCAGGAACAGGUCAAUGGGUAGAUUUUGUGGGGAGGAAGAAGUUCCAGUUUGGUGUAGUGGUGAAGGCACCAGGUUAGAGACAGAGAAACGCUCAGUUCCAGUCCCACCUGUUGAACUUUGGCCAGUCCUCUCAGCCCUUGGAAGCUGGAAAUGGAGUGGGGGGGACCUUUCCCAAAAACCCUUCCAAAGGAAACUGCAAGGCCAGGCAUCAAGACUGACCCAAAGGCACCAAAACCGACGUAGCAUCACGUUUCACUUUUUCACUUGGCUCAGUUGCAAAGUUCGGUUGCUGGGAAUCGAAAACGACCUGCUGCAAUGUAAUCACAGGAAACCUCUUCCCAACGCCUUGGUGGAGAUUGGAAAAGCGUGUUUUUCCACCUCCUGUCGCUAGAUGGCGGUCAGGCAACACCUGUGCCUAGAAAGCCAUCAACACUGCAUUGCUAGAAAGGCUGGGAGGAGAGGAGAGGCGCAGAGGAACUUCCUCUUCCGGAUGGCUGAUGGGAGGAAGUUGGUGUGCAGAGCGGCUUUUGUGCUGUUUCCAUGGUGGAAGCAGCAGCUGGCAGGUGAGUGGAGGGCAGCAGGUGGGAGGAGAGUCCGGGAGCAACUUGGGCUGGAAGCGGAGAAGCAACUGGGCUGAAGCCUCUCAGCUGCGGCUGCUGCAGGUUCCUUCCCUCCCCAAAUGGAAGCCCACUGGUGCUGCAGGCUGGGAAACUGGGGGCUGCAAUUUCUGCUGACAAAGAAGAUGGCAAUGAGCACUCUGGACAACUGAGGAUAACAAACAACUUUGAAUAGCAAAACAAGUCAGUCCAGAAAUCAAAAUAUUUCCCAUUUCCUUCAGAGUGUCCCCCAGCAGGUGAGAGAGAAAUGAGAGAAAAUCAAGAAGACAUUUCUAACUGGAAAAAUAGAGUGUGAAAUUAAAGCAUACGUUACAUGAAAAGUCAAGGGAGAUUAUUUUUCCAUUCAGGAAAAGAGGGAAAUAUCUGGAAGUUACUGGGGAGGAAGCCACGUAGAGCAGACAGUGUUGCAGGCCUCGCUCUCGGAGGAAGAAAAUCACCAGUAAAUCAAAGCAGCACUAAAGGGAUUAUUCAUAUUUUUGACCACCUCAAGAAUAUUAGUUGUGGAAAAGCUCCAUAGAUGUUUCUGUUCUGGGAAAGAUACAACUUGCAAAUCACAGCUGAUUAUGCCAGAGGGGAUCCAUACUGGAGAAAAACCGUACAAAUACUCUGAAUGUGGCAAAAGCUUUGGUCAGAACAACUUGAGUUUCUUUCAUGGAUGGACCCACACAAGAGAGAAGCCCUACAAAUGUUCCCAAUGCAGUAAAUGCUUUAGCAAGCAUGGCAAUGUGGACUCACACCAAGGAGAAACCCUUUGAAUGUCCUGACUGUGGGAAAAGUUUCGUUCAGAAUUCCAGCUUGGUUCAACACCAGAGGACUCACACAGUAGAGAAACCCUUUGAAUGUCCUGAUUGUGGGAAAAGUUUCAGUCAAAAUUCCAAUCUCAUUGGCCACCAGAGGAUUCACACAGGAGAGAAACCCUUUGAGUAUCCUGAUUGUGGGAAAAGUUUCAGUCGGAAUGCCAACCUCAUUGGCCACCAGAGGAUUCACACAGGAGAGAAACCCUUUGAAUGUCCUGACUGUGGGAAAAGUUUCAGUCAAAAUUCCAACCUCAUUGGCCACCAGAGGAUUCACACAGGAGAGAAACCCUUUGAAUGUCCUCACUGUGGGAAAAGUUUCAGUCAAAAUUCCAACCUCAUUGGCCACCACAGGAUUCACACAGGAGAGAAACCCUUUGAAUGUCCUGAUUGUGGGAAAAGUUUCAGUCGGAAUGCCAACCUCAUUGGCCACCAGAGGACUCACACAGGAGAGAAACCCUUUGAAUGUCCUGACUGUGGGAAAAGUUUCAGUCAAAAUUCCAACCUCAUUGGCCACCAGAGGAUUCACACAGGAGUGAAACCCUUUGAAUGUCCUGACUGUGGGAAAUGUUUCAGUCAGAAUUCCAGCCUGGUUCAACACCAAAGGAUUCACACAGGAGUGAAACCCUUUGAAUGUCCUGACUGUGGGAAAAGUUUCAGUCAGAUUUCCAGCCUGGUUAAACACCAGAGGACUCACACAGGAGAGAAACCCUUUGAAUGUCCUGAUUGUGGGAAAUGUUUCAGUGAUAAUUCCAGCUGGAUUAGACACCAGAGAACUCACACAGGAGAGAAACCCUUUAAAUGUCCUGAUUGUGGGAAAUGUUUCAGUGAUAAUUCCAGCUGGGUUAGACACCAGAGGACUCACACAGGAGAGAAACCAUUUGAAUGUCCUGAUUGUGGGAAAUGUUUCAGUGAAAAUUCUAACUUGGUUAGACACCAGAGAACUCACACAGGAGAGAAACCAUAUGAGUGUCCAGACUGUGGGAAAGAUUUCAGUACUAAGGAUAGCCUUCUAAAUCAUACACACAGGGGAAAAACCAUUUAAAUGCCCCGAGUGUGUAUGAUGCUUCAGGAAACCUUCCAACCUUAUCGUACACAAGAAAAUCCACAUGAGGCCCAAAGUGAUGAGUGUAGACAGAGUUUGAAUUUCAUUUCUAAUGUCACAUUGUAAGUCCAGCUGAGAAAUUGACUAUUUAAUUUGACUACAAAGAAUUUGCCUGAUUUUUUGUAGGCAAAUAUCUCAUGAUAUUAGUCAGAAAGGAAGAAAGAAAAAAUUGGAACAUACUAGUUUGAUAAAGGCUGUCUGGCCAUCAGCAGCAGAAGUUGCUGAAUAUUUAUUUUUGCAGAAAUUGUGCAAUUAUGUAAAAAUCUUUUUGGGUGUGUUCUUUGCAUUUUUAUCAUGGUAGAUGAUAGAAAUGCCACAGGCAUAGUCCCAGCCUUUUUCUCCCUGGGUGCCCCCGAGAUUUUCAGCCCCAGAAUUCCCCCAGCCAGCAUCUCUUUGGGAUAGGAGCACUCAGACUAUAGUUAGAGAUUGUGGCUCCUCAUAUAAUAGCAAUAGGACUAUCUAGACCCGCUCCAGUCCGGCUUCCGACCUAGGUACAGCACGGAAACGGCAUUAGUCGCGUUGGUGGAUGAUCUCUGGAGGGCUCGGGAUAGGGGUUGCUCCUCUAUCCUGGUCCUGUUAGAUCUCUCAGCGGCUUUUGAUACCAUUGACCAUGGUAUCAUGUUGCACCGGUUGAAGGGGCUGGGGGUGGGGAGCACCAUUCUGCGGUGGUUCUCCUCCUACCUCUCUGACCGGUGGCAAUCUGUGUUGAGAGGGGGGCAGCAGUCGACCCCUGAUGACUUAGUAUUUAUAUUAGAAGAUCCGUUGAUAUCGGGACCGUGUCUGACCCAGGAAAUAGAAAAAUAUGGUAAGGUGGCGGGAUUAAAAGUCAAUAGGGAAAAAACUAAAAUUAUUGCCAAAAAUUUAACAGUAAAGCAAGGGAAAGAAUUAGAAGUGAAUUUGGGGUUCCAAAUUGUAAACAAACUAAAAUACCUAGGCAUUAUUAUAUCAGCCAAAUGCUCCACGAUCAAAGAAGACAACUAUCUGAACCUUCUCAAGAGAACAGGUCAGGAUCUAGAGAAAUGGAAGAGCAUGCAGAUAUCCCUACUAGGUAGAAUAGCAAUUAUAAAAACUUACAUACUUCCAAAAUUGAUAUACCUAUUCUACACAGCACCAGUUAGACUGGAUAACAAUUUUUAAAAAAAAAUAAAUUCUUAUGUCCUUAAAUUCAUUUGGCAAAAUAAAAAACCCAGAAUUAAACUUAAAAUGCUUCAAGAACUUAAAGAAAGAGGAGGAUUUGGUGUUCCAAAAUGGGAAUACUACUAUCAGGCCGCAAAUUUAGUCUGGAUCAGGGAUUGGAUAUUGCUGAGAAGAAGGAGGUUGUUGAUUUUGGAAGGUGAGGGGUUACAUCAAGGAUGGCAUUAUUUUCUUUGGCAAAAUAAAAUCCCAAAGCACAGGUGUCUUGCAGGACAUUAUGUGAGGAAUAUUCUAAUUGAGUCGUGGAGGAAAAUUAAGGGUAAAUUUUACUUUUCAGUCCCCUCCUGGCUGGUCCCACUCGAAGCUAUAACGUAUAGGCCUCUAUAUAACAAAGAAAAUCACCUCUCUUACCGGGAACUUUUGGACCCCCAUGGCAGUCUGAAAACAAGAAAUGAGUUGGAGUUGCAGGGAAGACAACUGGAUUGGUGGGCUUAUGCCCAAAUUUGCUCGAAAUUUAAAAAAGAUAGGAAACAAGUUAGUAUUAAUUUGAAUCAGCAUGAUCUGGACAAUAUCAUUCUAGGAAAAGAGAAUAAAAUGUUAUCAAGGAUAUAUAAACUUCUAAUAGAUUAUUGGAUAGGGGAUGAAAUAGUUAAAGACUCUAUGAUUGCCUGGGGGAGAAAUAUUGGUUAUCCAAUUGAUUUGACCAAAUGGGAAGAAAUCUGGCUCAAACAUAUGAAACUCCUGUGGGCAACAUCAUAUAAAGAAAAUGUGUACAAGAUGCUGUAUAGAUGGCACCUUCCACCUGCCCAUGGAGGCCGUGUGGGCCUGGAUGGGGAGAAACAGGCUCCGACCCUUCCAAGACCGAGUGGCUGUGGCUUCUGGCAUCCUGAUAUAGCCAGCUGGUGCCAUCGCUGGCUAUCGGGAGCGAAUCACUGGCCCCCACGGAGAGGGCUCGCAACUUAGGUGUCCUCCUGGAUCCACGGCUGUCUUUAGAAGAGCACAUGACGGCCGUGGCCAGGGGGGCUUUUUAUCAGGUUCACCUGAUACGCCAGUUGCGCCCCUUUCUGGAUCGGGACUCCCUACGCACGGUCACUCAAGCACUUGCCACUUCCCGCCUGGACUACAGCAAUGCUCUCUACAUGGGGCUCCCCUUGGGGUGCACCCGGAGGCUACAGUUAUUCCAGAAUGCGGCCGCGCGGGGGAUUAUGGGAGCGACGAGGUGCUCACAUAUGACACCUCUCCUGCGCGAGCUGCACUGGCUUCCUGUGGUCUUCCGGGUGCGCUUCAAGGUGUUGGUGACCACCUUUAAAGCGCUCCAUGGCUUAGGGCCGGGUUAUCUGCGAGACCGCCUUCUGCCGCCAAUAGCCUCCCACCGACCGGUUCGCUCGCACAGAGAGGGCCUCCUCAGGGUGCCGUCGGCCAGACAGUGUCGGCUGGCGACCCCCAGGGGGAGAGCCUUCUCUGUGACAGCACCCGCCCUCUGGAAUGACCUACCCCCUGAGAUACGCACGAUAUCAGACCUCUGGACUUUUCGUUGGGCCCUGAAAACACACCUAUUCCAUCUAGCUGGGCUGGCUUGAUCCCAUCCUCUCAGUUUUAAUUGAAUUUAGUUUUAAUUGGGUUGUUUUUAAUAUGUUGGGCCGAAAUUAUUUAAUUGUUUUUUAAAUUGUUUUUAAAUUUUAUAUACAAUGUUUUAUCUUGGCUGUACUCCGCCCUGAG